AUGAAUUUUGAAAAUAAUCAUGAAAAUGGAGAUCAUGCAUCUCCUGGAUCGCGGGACGAUUCUCCUGUUGUAUUCCCGUCAAUAUAUCGAGAAGCACCAUUCAGUGAUGACCCGGAGGCCAUCGCGGAGUUAGAAGCUUGCGACUACACUGAAAAAAUUGACAUAAAAAUGGCAAAGAGCGGGAAAGCGCCUAGACGGGUUCGAGUUUACGCAGACGGAAUUUACGAUUUGUUCCAUCAAGGCCACGCUCGUCAGCUGAUGCAGGCAAAAAAUCUUUUCCCAAAUGUUUAUUUAAUCGUCGGUGUUUGCAAUGACGAAUUGACUCACGAGAAAAAAGGUCGCACUGUUAUGACCGAUGAUGAGAGAUAUGAAGCAGUACGGCAUUGCCGUUACGUCGAUGAAUUAGUGCGAGACGCUCCAUGGGAGCUGGAUGAAGAAUAUCUAGCCAAGCACAAGAUAGACUUCGUAGCGCACGACGACAUCCCGUAUUCAACUGACGAGGCUGACGAUGUUUAUGGUUGGAUAAAAGCUAAAGGAAUGUUUGCAGCUACUCAAAGAACCGAGGGUGUCUCUACAUCAGAUAUUGUGGCUAGAAUUGUCAAAGAUUAUGAUAUUUAUGUUAGAAGAAAUUUAGCUCGAGGUUACAGUGCCAAGGAAUUAAACGUCUCGUUUUUAAGUGAAAAAAAAUUCAGAUUACAAAAUAAAUUCGAUGAUUUAAAAGACAAGGGAAAACGAGUAAUGGAAAACAUUGAAGAGAAGCGUAUGGAUAUGAUUAGCAAGUGGGAAGAAAAAUCUCGUGAUUUUAUAGACGCUUUUUUAUUACUAUUUGGUCGAGAGGGUCGACUGUCGACGAUUUGGAACGAAAGUAAAGGUCGUUUGAUGCAAGCGCUUUCACCUCCAGCAAGUCCUAAACGAGCGGGUAGUCCAAAUGGGAGCAGUAGUAACUUAAUUAAUGGUCUAGAUAUUAUAGAUUUGUUUACUAAAUUGACGUGUGAUUUAUUUACUUAA